AUGUUGUCCCUCCUCGAGGCUCUCCCGGUCGAGAUCAUCGAGCAGAUCUUCCUGCACUCACUCAAUUUAAACUUCCCCCGAGCUUCGCCAUUCCUAUGCCGCGCCCUCUCCGGCGAACACAUCUACCGCGCUCUCAUACUCCUUGCGUUUUGGAACGAUGCACUCGACAACCCCCGUAGCAAGGCCAUCGACCGCAUGAUGGUCCCGCUCGAAUAUGUCCCUCUCAAACUGGAAGAACGUGCCCGAUUACAGGAAGACAUUUUCAAGUGCAGGUGGUGUACCGCGGAUCGCGUGCGUGAACAGAUCCCGACAAUGCAGAUCCUGACUAUCUACCGUCGCUGGAUCGACGCCGGUAUCGUGACGGAGAAAGACGAGCAGAUUGCUUUUGAAAAACUACUAGCACGCAAGGAUGACAGCGUCCGCAUCUUCCACGGCAAGGGCGGGCCAAUGAAGGAAUUUGCUAGCAUGCCCCCAGAGUUCUUCCGGAUGGCCCCGAACGCGAUGAAAGGCAUUCACGAAUACAAGCUCCACAUCUUGCCAAUGGUCACCACAGAGUUCCAAUGUGUGGAUGUGGGAUUGACUGUCAAUCUCCCUGCACUGGACCUGUGCAAAUUCCCAUCCCAUCUCCUCCGAGGCCGCAGAAAUGGUUUCCUUCCAGAAGACGUUGCUUUCCUGGAAAUGCUGCGCAUAACCUCGUGCAAUUGGACCCCUGAAAAGAGCUCCUUGUCACUAUCGACCUUGACAAAAAUCGACCGCAAAGCUCUGAACGAAGGAAUCCAGAAUGCUAUCCGUCACCAGAACUUCAACGCUAUGCUCUCCCUCCUCAAGAUAGACGAGUUCCUCUUCCGCUAUAAAGCAGAGAACCAAGGCCGCAGCGUCUACUAUACGAUCCCAUCCGAGCACUUCCUCGCUGUUACCCGCAUCGGCCGCAACAACCCACAUCUAAACUUGGCUUUCUUCGAGGCUCUCCUACGUGCUAGUGCGGAAUCUUUGCCUAGCUGGUCGUCUGAGAUCACGAAGUGGACUGUCGACAAUAUGGAACUCGCGAAGAAGAAUCCGAGUACGUACAACCAGAUUAAUGGCAAGUUUGCGCGCUGGUUGUCGAAUUUCCUGCUGCGUCUCCCUGCGCAGGUUGCGUAUGCCCAUGAUUUCCCGACUGGCCAGCUGUUCUGUAAUGGCCAGUUGGAUGUCAUGGAUCUCGAGGGUUGCCGCUUUGUCGAUGAGGUUCUUGAUCCCUUACGUGAACCAAUGGGAAAUUGGAUGACAGAAAGUUCAUUCCGGACUGAGGAUCAUUGGCUGAAGAAAUCCAGUCCUCUUCCUCCAUGA